UAAACAAAUGCCACUCGUAAUACAUAAUUUCGAUGCGAAACGUCUGAGAAUGAAAAUAUCGGGGUCGCCAAAGCUAUCCAGUUGCGUCUGGUGCAUAUCGGUGAAUGAUUUAUCUGGGAAAGUAAUUCGACCCCUCAAAGCAUUGAUACGGACACGACAUAAAAGGACGAGAACCCAGCGUUAAAAAAUCAGACGCGUCUUUACCCGGAUAACUGAAUAGAAACUGAAGUUAAGCAACCAAUUUGGGCAGUACAGAAGAAUACAAGGUGCAAAAUAGGAGAUCAACGAGUGAAGAGUUCCUGGAAUUGUCGUGAAGAAAAGAAAGUUAAAAAAUCUCACGAUGAUAUUGUGUGUGGGUUUAGUCCUUGCGUGUGGCUUUCUCUGGUAUUGGUACCUCACUAAAAAUCAUAAAUACUGGGCCUCCCGUGGUGUUGCCGGACCUCAACCACUCCCAAUCUUUGGGACCUACCUGUGUCAAUUCUUCACCCCAUUCCAAGACAGCGAACUGGAACGAUACGAAAAAUAUGGGAAGAUUUACGGAAUUUACGACGGCACUCAACCCGGUCUCAUCGUUGGUCGGCCCGACCUCGUUCGACAAAUCAUGGUCGGCCAACUCGCCCUCGAUGUAUUCCGAAACCGUCGUGCCGUGAAGACCACGCACCCCGUGAUGGCCAAAUUCCUCUCUUCCCUGGAGGACGACACCUGGAAACGCGUCCGCUCCAUCACGGCCCCCACAUUCACUUCGGGCAAGCUCAAGAGAAUCAUCCCCUGCAUGACGGCUGCUUCCGGUCCCCUCCUCGCCAACCUGGCCGCCGCUGCUGCCAACGCCUCUGAUCUUGACCUCAAAGCCCUCUUCGGAGCGUAUACCAUGGACGUCAUCGCCCAUUCCGCCUUUGCCACCACACCCGACGACGUUUUCGUUCAACAGGCCUCCCUCCUCUUCACUUUCCCGUUCUGGAGGAAAUUUCUCGACUACAUCGUUCCCAUGGCUGUGUUGGAGAAAUUCAGCUUCACCGUCCUCCCAAAGGACCCCAUGACCUUCUUUAGAGAGGUCACCAUCCGAAUAAUUCGCCAUCGUCGAGCCACAGGGGAGAUGCACCACCAAGAUUUUCUUCAACUUCUGAUGGAUGCAGAGGAGACGGAGGAGACCGGUUCGGAUGUUAAGAAGAAGCUCACCGAGGAAGAAAUCCUGGCGCAAUCGGUUCUUUUCUUUUCUGUUGGUUUUGAGACCUCGUCUCAGCUCCUCGCCUAUGCCGGAUACUGCCUCGCCCUCAACCCAGACGUGCAAGAUACGGCUUAUGAAAAAAUUAUCGAAGCUCUCCAAAAGAAGUAUGGGACAGAAAUUCCGGAAGAAAUUGACCCCGAAGAGUUGACCAAGAUCAAGUAUCUCAACGCCGUGCUGGACGAGACCCUUCGUCUCUACAAUCCCGUACUGAGGAUGGAACGACGGGCAUCAUCCGACUUUCAACUGGGCGAUACUAACAUCAUCAUCCCGAAGGGCAUGAUUGUUGGCAUCCCUGUUUGGGCGAUGCAUCACUCGGAGGAGUUCUACCCAGACCCUUGGGCCUUCGACCCAGAAAGGUUUCUCACGGGGAACAUCGUGCCUGGAACUUAUCUGCCCUUCGGCGAUGGGCCGAGAAACUGCAUCGGGAGUCGUUUCGCUCUCCUGGAAAGUCGAAUUGCACUUGCGAAGAUUUUGUUAAAGUUCAAAUUUGUCCGUUCCCCAACGACCAAGGUGCCGUUGGAAUUUUUCCCAACGGGACGACCACUUCUGGGACCUAAGGCCAUCGUUGUUCGGGUGGAGGAAAGAAACUGACCGCUGAUUUUUUUUACAAAAUUAUUGAAAAUUCAUUUCAUAGCAGUUUAUUAGAGUUUGUUUUAUUUUGCAGGAUUAAGCUUUAUUAAUUUCAUUGCGUUUGAUUUCAGGAUGGUUUCGGGAUGGUUUCGUAGUCAAAAAUCGUAGUGCUAAUAAAAUACAAAUUUAAAUUUGUUCUCCUUAUGUUGAUAAAAAAAAUAUUGAGCAUAUGUAAAACCCACGGAAAUUCAACUUUACUAAUUCACAAUCACUAAACAUUUAAAUUACAAUUU